GCGUUUAGAUUUGGCACACGCGAGGCGACCAUGUCGGCGGAACGUCCAACUCCAAGUUCGGAUGGCGAUGGCGGGCGAGGGCCACAGCGACUGAUGUGCGAGUUCUGCGGCUAUCGUACGUCGAUCCAUUGGAAUCUGCAGGUCCAUCGGCGGCGUCACACCGGCGAGAAGCCCUUCAGUUGCCACACCUGCCAGGCGAGCUUCCCGGCCAGCUAUCAGUUGAAAACCCAUCUGGAGCGGCACUUGGACACUGCCCAACGACGCCUGAGGCACAUUUGCACCGAUUGCAAUGUGGGUUUCUCCAGCUCGCGGGCUCUCUAUCAUCACAGGCCGCUCCAUGAGGAUGGCAAGCGCUUCAAGUGCUCGCAGUGCGACAAAUCAUUUGCCCAGGCGGCGGGAUACUCCCAGCACAAGCGGAUGCACCGCCAAAGGAAUCAGCGCGCCACUAGGAGACUCAAGAGCAUCGAGGAGCUAAAAGAUCCGCAGGUUAUUAUAUAUCAGCAUCAGAAUUGACUUUCUGGGGAAGUUUAUCCCGAAUUAAAUUUGAAAAAG